UCCUCCCUCCCUGCCCUCCUCCCCCGUGCCCUCCUCCCCGGCCCCGUCCUCCAUCCCGGCCCCGCCCUCGCUGCCCCCCACGGGGGAGGUGAUGGUCCUGGCCCUGGGCAGGAAGAAGCAGAGGGUCCUGAUCGCGCUCUCCAUCCUGCCCAACCUGUUCCUGGCCUUCCUGCUCUCCUCCGACCCCCUCAUCACCCUSUCCCCCCGCCACCGCUGCCACCUGCCGGGCCCGCUGCCGUCGCCGGAGGUCCUGAACGCCACGCUGCCCUGGGAGAAGGGGGAGCGACCCGGGGACCCCGGUCGCCUGUCCCAGUGUAAGCAGUACUCCAACAGCAGCCAGCUGGUGGUGGUGGACUGCGAGUCCGGGUGGGACUACAACGUCACRGAGGGGCUGAAGAACAACAUUGUCACUGAGUGGGAUCUGGUGUGCGGUCGGUACUGGUUGGUCCCGGUGGAGGAGGUGUGUUUCAUCCUGGGUGUCCUGAUUGGCUGCCUCUGUUUGGGCUUCGCGGCUGACAGGCUGGGCAGGUCCAAGACCCUGCUGACCUCUCUGACCCUGUCGGUCGUCUUYGGGGUUCUGGUGUGCGUGUCUCCGUACCCGUCCAUCUUCAUCGUCAUGCGUUUCUGCCUGGCUGCUGCCAGUGCAGGAGUCUACCUGACUCUCUACAUCAUGCGUCUGGAGCUCUGUGAGCCGUCUCUCAGGCUGGUGGUGACCAUGCUGGCCGGGCUGAUGACCGUGGCUGGAGAGCUGCUGCUGCUGGCCGUGGCCCUCGGCUGUCAGUCCUGGAGGGGUCUGCUGGGGGCCGGAGCCACUCCUUUAGCUCUGUUCCUCAGCUACGGCGUUCCAGGUGUGUUUCCUGAAUCUCCUCGCUGGCUCCUCCUGUCGGAGCGGUCUGUGGACACAAGCGCGUUCAGCGAGAGAAGAAACUCCAGCAGAGACGUGAGAGACGACGAGAGCUUCACAGAGCUGGACUCGGAGCCGGCCCCCUCCUCGCGCCCCCACCUGUCCUUCCCUGAGCUCUUCCACAGCAGGAACAUCUGGAAGAACCUGUGCGUGCUCGGCUUCACCUCCUUCAUUUCCCACGGCAUCAGCCACUGCUACAGCUCCUUCCGAGGGGACGUCCGAGGCUCCGCCCCCAGCUUCUACUGGACGUACCUGCUGUCUGUGUGCGCGGGGGGCGGAGCCUGGCUGCUGCUCUGGGCCGUGGUGGACAGGUGCGGACGCCGUGGCAUCCUGCUGCUGUCCAUGACGAUGACGGGCCUGGCGUCUCUGAUCCUCCUGGGCCUCAUGGAGUAUCUCAGCGAGGCGGCCAUCACGGUGUUCUCGGUACUCGGGCUCUUCUCCUCCCAGGCCACGGCGUCGCUCUGCAUCCUCUUCACGGCGGAGGUCAUGCCCACCRUCAUCAGGGGCAGCGGCGUCGGCGCCGUGCUCGCCCUGGGCUGCGUGGGCCGCCUCAGCUCCCCCAUCAUGGACCUGCGGAACCACUACGGCUACUUCCUGCACCACGUCAUCUACUCCUCGCUGGCCCUGCUGGCCGUGCUCUCCAUCCUGCUGCUGCCCGAGAGCAAGAGGAAGCCGCUGCCGCAGACGCUGGCCGACGGCGAGCAGUACCGCCGCCCGCCGCUGGGCCGCAGGAGGAGGGACAACGUGCCGCUGCUGGCCACGCCCAACCCAGAGACCUGAAGGAGCGGGAGGAGAGCGACACAGAGACUAGAAGGGUUAAAGGGCUGCUAACCUGCUGAACAUAUCAUCCUCUCAUCAUUCCAGGCGGCGCCGCCUCCGACCUCACAUCCUGCCGCUCUGUUCAGGUGUCGACACGAACACCUGAAACCUCCACCUUCCUGUUACACACCAGCACACACACACACACACAGCGCUGCACGCCUCCCUCCAUCCUCCACGCUGCUCGAACACUACUUCCUGUUUGUUUGAUUUACCUGAGCUCGUCCACUCACCUGUCCUAACGUGGUGUAAAUACUCUGUUUGGAGCCGACCCUCGCAGCACGCUAUGCAGCUGGAAAUGAGCACUUUCAGUUAUACGUUGGUUUUUUUUUUUUUUAAAUAAUAAAUUUGUCCAAACUCUAAAAAUGUAAAAAUCAUGAAGUCAUGAGACGUUGACCCUCUGUGAACUCCUGAGGUUUUAUGAGUCAGGACURAUUUAAAACCCUCUGAUUUUUAUUUCUCAUAGUUCAGAUUUAACCUGAAGUGUAGAAAGAAAMACCCAACAGAUGCUCGUCUGUGGGAACGCCUCCAGAAACGCUACAGGUGUGUUUUAGCACAGCGACAGGAGGGGAAGACAUCAGCCAUGACCUCAGAGGAGCGUCUGUCAGGGAGARGUCAGGGAGAGGUCAAAGGUCACCUGUCAGGGAGAGGUCAAAGGUCACCAGUCAGGGAGAGGUMAAAGGUCACCUGUCAGGGAGAGGUCAAAGGUUGUUAUACAGAGAAUAAUUUAUCACAAGAGGAAAACUUUUAAAGUUCCUGUGACAUUUYUAUCCUUCAAAUACAAAARGUCAAAGAAAGCAUCUUUAUACUUAAGAAAAUUGGC